AACAGAGUACAGAGGGAGACACAGCAACUCCAUUCUUUGAACAUGACUAAGGGGGAGAAUAGUAUCCGUGUUGAUGACUACGACUACUUUCAGGACCGGGGUCCAACUGUCACAUUCAGCAACCUCCUCUACUGUGUUCAAGAAACAAAGUUCUGCCGAAAGAAGGGGGCCGAAAAGAUCAUCCUCCAUGAUGUGAGUGGGAUCAUAAGACCGGGGAUGAAUGCCAUCAUGGGUGCCACAGGAAGCGGUAAAACAUCACUCCUGGAUGUACUUGCAGGGAGGAAAAAUCCAGCUGGACUGCGUCAGGGAAAUGUAUUGGUGAACGGCAAAGUCGUCACGUCUGACCUGAGGCUCAGCUCUGCCUACGUGGUUCAGGAUGAUAUUCUGAUGGGGACUCUGAGCGUGAGAGAGAACCUGCUUUUCAGUGCCAACUUGCGUCUGAACCCUAAGGAUCACUCCACAGCAGAUAAACACCAGCAAGUAAACACCAUCAUAGAAGACUUGGGCCUUACAGACUGUGCUGACACUAAGAUAGGUACGGAGUUUCUGCGUGGUGUAUCAGGAGGGGAGAGGAAGCGGUGCAGCAUUGGGAUGGAGCUCAUCACGUCUCCCUCUCUGCUGUUUCUGGAUGAGCCGACCACUGGCUUGGAUUCUAACACUGCAAACUGCAUCAUCGGUCUACUACACAAGUUGUCCAGAAGAGGCAAGACUGUGAUCUUCUCCAUCCACCAACCCCGAUACUCCAUCUUCAAACAGUUUGACCACCUCACACUGAUGCAUAAAGGGGAGGUGGUGUAUGCAGGAGCAGCAGACCAUGCCCUGAUGUACUUCACAGACCUUGGCUAUCAGAUUGAGCCUUUCAACAAUCCAGCUGACUUCUUCAUGGACAUCACAAAUGGAGAAACAAAAUCAACAGUACAAUGGGACAUGGCAGAGAAUUGCAAAAACCCCUUAGCAAUAAAGUAUCAGCAGUCCCAGCUGUACCAGAAUAUGAUGGAGGAGCUGGACCAUGUGAACCAGAGCAUUGUUGACGGGGUCACAGGUGAAGACAAGCCGGCCAACUACGCCACCUCUUUCUUCUAUCAGAUGCGUGUGGUGUGUGGCAGGACAGUGUUGAACACUCUGAGGAACCCUCAGACCUCCUACGCCCAACUGGCUCUCAACAUCUUCUUUGCCAUUCUUGUGGGACUCAUUUAUUACCAAAUGCCCCUGACACUGCCCGAGGCUUUACAGAACAGGAGUGGAGCGUUCUUCUUCCUUAUCAUCAACAUGGUGUUUGGGAAUCUUUCUGCUGUUGAACUCUUUAUAAAUGAAAGGGCGAUCUUCAUUCAUGAGAACUCUAGCGGCUAUUACCGUACCUCCGUCUACUUCCUGUCCAAGAUCUUUGCUGAUCUCAUCCCCAAUCGCAUGAUUCCCAUCAUUGUGUUUUCAGCAAUUGCCUACUACAUGAUGGGGUUGAAGCCUGCCUUUGAGACGUUCCUCUGUUUCGCUCUGACCAUGUCUCUGGUCAGUCUGGCAGGAGUUGGUCUGGCCUUCCUCGUCUCAGCGAGUGUUUCUACAUUUGCGAUGGCAAACAUCCUCAUUGCUUUGCCCUUCGUCUUCAUGAUGGUCUUUGGUGGUUUUCUCGUCAAUCUCAACGCCAUGCUGAGCUGGCUCUCUUGGGUGAAAUGGAUCAGUAUCUUCAAAUAUGGAUUGGAUGCUCUAUACAUUAACGAGCUGAAAGGACUGUUUAUGUACAGCAACAACACAGCCAUCUCAGGGGAAUAUUUCCUGGAACAGCAAGGUAUCGACUACUCCGUGUGGGGCUUCUGGAGGAACGUGGUGGCCUUGCUGGGAAUCAUAUUUGUCUGCAUGUGCCUGGCCUACGUCCAGUUGCGACGAAUCAACCGCUGGAAAUGAUGCCCAUUCAUGUGUCCAUAAGCAGCAAAGUAUAUUUCUUAGUAAUUUAACAACAACAACAAAAAAAGCAACACUGGAGAGUUUUGUAUAGUUCCACCAGACUGAGCUUUCUUUUACUAUUAUUUAUUAUUUCAGAUCAAUUUAUACUGUAAAACAUUACAUUUAAAAUCUUUUACUCACUUAAGCUCUAAAGUAGGGAUGUCAGACUCAUUUUACAUCCCGGGUCACAUGCUGCCCACAUUGAUGUUAAGUGGACCACACUAGUGAAAUUCCUCUUUCUGUCAUUGUAAAGACGUCUAACUGUCCAUUUAAAGUCCCUUGGAAUAUCAUAGAAGAAAAACAAGUGAAAUUUCAAUAGUAUCUCAAAGUUUUUUGCAUGAUAAAGAAAUGUUGUCAGAGUAGAUGGAAGAAACCUGUCAGCACAAAUAAAAAAAAAAAGUGUUAAAUUAAAGAAAAAUUUGGUUUAGCUCAUUGCUCAGACUCUCCUGUAAUUACAAAACUGAAAGUUUUUGUUAAUUCUCAGAAAAUAUCCUAUUUGUUUAUUUUUUUUACAUUAUAAAAAAAUGAUAUUUCUAAAGAG